UGUCAUGCCCAGGAGAUCCUUUGCAACCUACCUGGUGGGGAGUUGGCUUCAUCAGAAUCCAGCAGCUAUCAAACAGGAUCAGCCGAACAAGCGCAGAUGAAUCCUGUACUGGCUCAAGGCUGCACUGACUCUGCUCCUCAGUGCUCCCCAGUUGGUCGCUGGAGGUUCUGUAUCAAUCAGACCACGCGCAAUCGCGAGCCCCUGAGCCUUCCUGAGUCACAGCUCCUUGUUGAUUUGGGGAACAUGAGCAACAAAGAACUGUCCUCACAGGAUAGGCUUCUCGUUGUGGCACCCACCCCAGAGCCCAAGGAUUUAGCAGAUGGUAAGACUUCUGAAUGUGCUGGUCCUGAAACUGAACAGCUAGCCCCUCCUCAUCAGGUAGAAGAGAACAAGAUCCCAAUGGUCCAUUCUGCAGGGAGUUCCCAUGGCCCUGCUGCUCAGCUUGAGUCUGGGGAGUUCGUCAGCCAAGUCCCCGGCGUAAGUCUACCUGUGUAUCCAGGACGCCAAGCUGAGAACCACCUGGGUUUAGGUGUUUCCCACCCUCUAGAGUCAACUGCAUUCAGCGAGAGCUCAGUUCCACUGCAGGUGUGUGUGUCUGAGCCAAGCCCUCAGUCCUCCUCAGUGCAGUGGCUACCUGGGUGUGGCACCUUGGCCUCUCGAGAAGGAGCAGCUGCCGUGAGUGUGGAGGCCACUUCUGCCCCGAGCGUGGAGGCCGCUUCUGCCCCUCAGUUGGUCACACUUGCUCAGAGCCCAGGCCUUGAUCCAGCCCCUCUUCAUUCCUCCUCAGUGCCUGAGGGAGAUGGUGAAAGACCUCCAAAAUUAGAAUUUGUAGACAAUCGCAUUAAAACCUUGGAUGAAAAAUUAAGAAACCUGCUGUAUCAAGAGCACAGCACAUCUGGUCUCUGCUCCGAGAGUCAGAAGGACGCUACAAACCUGGAGUCUCCAUUUUCUUCUUCCUCCUCGGCUGAGGAGACGCACUGUGGCCCUGGGCCUGAAGUUCUGGGUGCAGGGUAUCACCGGAGCCAGGGUAGCCUUGCACAACGGACCAGUGCACAGCAGGCCAACACCGAGCUUCUGUCUCUCUCUGCUGUGGCUCAGCCUGCUAAUGUAGCUGUGCCCAAAAGGGAGCCAGCCAGUGUGACCACUUCCGCGUCCAAUGAGUUGGGUUUGCGUGAGACAUCCCCUGAUGUGGCCCUUCCAGGGGAUCCUGAAGCCUACCCUGCUUCUGUGUUGAGUGGCGGUGGCGGUGGUGGCGGCGGCGGCGGCGGUGGUGGCAGCAGCACCUUCCAUCUGCACACAGGAGUGGAGAUGGAGAUGAAAUCGCAAGUCGCUUCAGCCCCCCUGCCUCUGGUAGGAGAAUCUGCAUCUCUCAAUAGAUGUAUAGGAACGGGCUCAUUUCAGCGGGGCAGGUUCCAGGUUGUCACUGUACCUCAUCAGCAGGUAAAUCAAGUUGCUUUUUGUGACAAAGACUGUGUGCCUGCAACCAAACAGGUCCUGACCAGUCCCAGCAAAGAUGCUGGAAAAAAGACUUGGCUUUCUUUGGCCACCCUUGGUUCUAGUCCUGAACCUCACAAAGAUGACCAAGCCUUGAAAGAAGGGGAAAGCCUUUUGUCUGUCAGCACAUGUGAGACUGAUCCAGCCUCCAUGACUCCAGAGAAAGAUACCUCUGCUGCUGAAAGUAGUGCACAGUCUGGGUCUGAGCCCCCUGGGGGUACUGUUUGGACCCAGCUAAGCUCAGAGAGUGAGUCUUCUGCUCCUCUCGGCCCCUCAGAAGACCGGGCGGGAAGUCCCAGUGAAGAGAACUCCUGUUGCUUACCAGUCCAAGAAGAACCGCCCUAUGUUCAGACCCAGAGUGCACUCUUCUAUUCUCCAUCCUCCCCGAUGAGUAGUGAUGAUGAAUCUGAAAUCGAAGAUGACGACUUGAAAGUGGAACUUCAGAAAUUACGGGAAAAACACAUUCAAGAGGUAGUGAACCUUCAAGCCCAGCAAAAUCGGGAACUCCAGGAGCUCUACAAUCGCCUCCGGUCCAUUAAAGACAGCAAGUCGGAAUCCUCCGAGCUGCCUCUGCAACCUACAUCCCCUCGCCGCCCGAGGUCCUUUAAGAGCAAACUCCGAAGCCGCCCUCAGUCCUUGAUCCACGCGGACAAUGGUAUUGUUGUUGCUACAGACCCGUUGUGUACGGUGAACAGUACAACAUCUUGUCAGCAGUCGCCGGCCAGCAAGAAAGGCAUGUUCACUGAUGACUUGCACAAGCUGGUGGAUGAUUGGACAAAGGAAACUGUGGGAAAUGCUCUCAUUAAGCCGAGCCUGAACCAGCUCAAGCAGAAUCAGCACAGGUUGGAGACAGACGCCUGGAACAAAGGCUAUGAGAACACUUCAUCUACGGUGGCUUACACAUCAGCCUGGAUCUCAUCUCUCUCCCAAAUCCGUGGCCCUGUCCCAGCAGCCUUGCCGCAAGGAAUCUCCCUCCCAUCCUUCCCAGGAGCCUUGCCUUCUUAUGGAGUGCCACAUGCCUGCCAAUAUAACGCCGUGGGCACCGCUGGGUACCCAGUGCAGUGGGUGGGAGUUUCAGGAACGGCUCCACCGCCUGUAGUGAUCCCCAGCCAAGCGGUGGGCCCUUUCCAGCCUGGGCUGAAUUUGCCUUCCUUUCCAGCGGCCCCAGUGCAGAACUCGGCCCUGGGCCCACCUGGGCCCAAGUGAGAGCACUGGUCGGGAAGGCCCCCCUCUCCCUUCUGCCUCGGUGUGCUUGUCAUUCUGUAGAGAUGUGCACUUUGUACAGCGAGUGCUGCGCACAGGAAUCAUUUUUCACUCCAGACCCUAAUUCCUCUUUGAUACUUGACGUUUUUUAAAAUGCUGGUCAGAAUGCUUCGGGAAGUUUGCCUUUUGCAUCCCCAUCCCCAGGAAACUUUUGAUGCCCCCCCCCCCACUACUGUUCAGCUUGGUGAGCCUUGUCCAUAAAUUUCACAGGGGCCACUUCAAAUAAUUGUCACAAAAUGGGAACCAUGUCAUGACAUUCUUGAUGUUCCAGUCCCAUUGGACUUCUUCAUGUGUUGUAAUGUUGAGUUUAGGCCAAGGCUCAUCACCCUGGGCUGGUGGGGAUGGCUUACUGUGACCACCUUUGGGUGCAUGGACAGAGGGAAUCAUCUUGCUGGUGAAUCCUUGGCAUGCCCCCUUUGGAAUGAACUUUUCAGUCACAGGAGCUGAGUGAGGUUCUAUGUGGGGAGGGGAGGGAAUAACCACCAACUGAGACAGUUCUUGAUUCUGCCAAUUGUUCCCUAUAUGCCACACACACCACAUGGUUUUCUGACCAGCUGAGAGGUGUAUUUGGCUGUGGAUCCCCUUUGGGAUCCCCCUUGGGACUCUGGGGAAAAAAAGGGAAUUCAUGCUUCUAGCUCCAUUUGUGCAUUUACCCGAUAGGAAAUGUAUUUGACCCAGCUUUAGAGGUUAGGAGGCUUCUCCGUGAAACCCUUAAGUUCCCUGGCCUCUAGGAGAUGUGCAGUUGGCCUCUUUGGCCUUGAAUGAGACAGGAGGCUCCCUAUGGAGCAUGGAGGAAGGGAGGGGAGGGGAGAGCCUUGGUUGAGAACAAUUUCUCUAAACAACUCCACCCUAGAAAGGAUGGCUUAGGUAUUUGAAAGGCUUUGAGCUGAUAUCUCAAGUUUUUUUCGAGGAAGGCAGACAUGGUUCCUUUUCAGAAGUUCACCACAAGGCCAUCUUGGAGCCUUCCAGGCACCUAGAAGUACUUGAACUUUUUUCCCUUCAACUCGAAAGUUUUCAGGACCUUUCUCUAUAUCUUCAGGCCCCUUCUGGGACCCUUCGCUCAAUUAAAGAGCCCUUUCUUCUAAUAAAUACUUCCCCAAGUCACCAGUUUUUACCCAUCACAAAUAGGAUUUAAAGAAUGCUUUUAAAAAUUGUGUCCUAAGACUGAAAUGGGCCAUUGAGAUGACUUCCACUUGGUCUACUUGUUAAGGCCUCUACCUUCUAAAGAGAACCUGGCCUGCCCCCUCCCCCCUCCCCCCUCCUCACACUAGUCUCAGAAUUCAGCAUGGGGUGGGAAGCAGGUGGUAGGUUAUCAUACCAACCAUAACCCACCACGGUAGACACAGAUUGAACUCUUGUGGCAUCUUUUCCAACGUUAAUCACAUUUUCAGAUCCCUGAAAAUCACUUCUCCAUUGGCUUGAAGCCAGUGUACCUUGGCAUGCUGGUAUAUAUAAUGCCACCAGUAAUGCAGCCAUUCAGAAUCAGUGCUCCUUUGACCAGGAAGACUUCCUCCAAACCAUGGCCCCACAUUUCCUUUCCUGAAUUGACUGUAGAAUUGGGCUUAGACCUGCAGCCUCUGAAGGCCCAGGCUAUGCUCUCAAACGCCGCAAACCCUGAGGAGGGAUGGCAUCACUAACGAUGGUCUUGUUGGCUGUUGUACACGAGGUGCCACCUCUGGUUCACAUAGAGAAUUCAUUCUUGUUUGCCUGCAGACUUUUGGCAGUGCCUUGUGAUAAGUAGAAUCUUUUCAGGUUUUUACUGGAAAGGAUAUUUGUUUGAAGAUGUUAGAGAAUGUCCUGCUGUCUCCAUGGUGAACACAGCAGCUAGGGAUGACUUGAUAGAGAUGUAUGGGUGUAUCUCUAUUUAGACACAUACCUAAAACAGUGAGUCUGUGGCAAGUUGAAGAAAA